ACGGUUACACGCAAACUUCCUAGAAAAUCCCCAAAUCUUCUCAAAUUAGGGUUUCGAAUCCUCAAUUCGCGACACUUUGGACCCAAAUCGGGAAAGUCCUCUCCUUUCACCCCCAAAUCUGAUCUCUAGGUUUCAGGAACCGAUCCCAUUCCACGUGAUGCCGUCGUUCUCGUGGAUCAUCCCCUUACUCUUAUUGGUUUUCUGCUCGAUCGGCUUACAAGCAGCGGACGAUCUCCCGGAGAAAUCAAGCGGCGACAUCUGCAGCGGGGUUUCGAAUCCGGGUGGGUGCCCGAUAAACUGUUUCCGGGCGGAUCCGGUUUGCGGAGCGGACGGAGUCACGUACUGGUGUGGUUGUCCCGACGCAGCGUGCCAUGGAGCUCGUGUGGUGAAAACAGGAGCUUGCGACGCGGGAAACGCGGGAAGCGCUUCUGUGCCGGGUCAAGCUUUGUUACUGAUCCAUAUCGUUUGGCUCUUCUUGCUCGGACUCUCUCUUCUCGUCGGUGCUUUCUGAUCUCGAGAAGUUUAAUUGAUUAGAAAAGGAAAUUGAUCCCAAUUCGUUUCGAAGAUUUGUGUGUUUGAGAUGUUUCGUGCUCUGUAAUGGUUUUGCCUCUGUGUUUUGUAUGUGUAAUGAAUGAAUGUUGAGUUUAAUUUUCUCUUAAGUGGAUUUGCUUCCUUUGUUAUAUUUGGCUUUCAUGAUUGUUUCCUUUAGAAGGAUAUGAAACUUUUUUUUUCG